AUGCCAGUUAGUCCAAUAUCGAGUCGUUCUAGUGUUGCAACUUAUUUGGGUCCCUGCCGAUCGGCUCCUCUUGCCAGAGGAGAAGAGGAAGAAGAAGAUGAGAAAGAUUUUUCUGGUGACGAUUGCAAGAAAUUUGAGGCUUGCAUUCUCAAAUCUGAUGCUGGGCGUCUAUUAAGCCGUCACAGCCACCCUGACGAUUUCGUCUCUCGAGAUUCACUUCAUCCAGACGCGCAUGCUCAGAGUCCCACUUCUCUAUCGCCCACCUCUUCAUCACCACCUCUUUCUGCCAUUCACUGGUCAAGUAUUAAUGGUGUAGAUUGUGAAAAAAUGACAAUUAGUGCUACGGCAUCUCGAUUUUCUCGACCAAUAUUGAACUAUUCACAUUCAAGCAGAUUACCCAGCUCCACUCGACCCUUAGAGUUGCCGGACAGUAGUUCUGGUUCUGUUACAUAUGUCUCAAGACAGGCGGUCACGGCGGUCUGUAGUCCUCAGGUCAUAGGAAACAGACGUCGCCGAGCUGGCUGGUUUUCGACGGCCUCAAGUUUGGUAUCUGGCCCCAAAGAUUUGGUCCAAGACCAGAUCUCACCUGGCGUCAUUUCAUCCUGUUCGAUCGGCUUUAGCCCUGAAGAAAAUGUCAAUCAUACUGUCCAUAUUUCUCAAACACAAGAUGGGUCUGCAAUCGUGGCAAAAGAUGGAGAGACAAUGGGACAAAAUUUGGACAUGCAAUCUCUAGCUAUCAUCAAACAGCCGAGUGGGCCGACUCGACCCCUCUCAAAUGGAUUGUCAUUUAGGCGACACUUGUUCUUUGACUCAACGCUGACUGCAAUGAAACAGGUUAGAAAAAUAUAUACCAUGACAUUGAUGUUGAACACACUUUGCCUUGACAUUUAG